AUGUCACCAACACGAUACCCCUCCGAGACCGUCGACCCCGCCCCCCUCGCGGCGCCCCUCCCGCUGCCCUUCUCGGGCAAAACGGCCCCCAACCGCUUCCUCAAGGGCGCCAUGACCGAGCGCCUCUCGACCUGGGACCCCGCCAACCCCUCCGCCCGCGGCGUCCCCACCCCGGAGCUCGUCAACGUCUACCGCCGCUGGGGCGAGGGCGGCUCCGGCCUCAUCCUCACCGGCAACGUCAUGAUCGACUACGACCAGCUCGAGGCCGCGGGCAACCCCAUCAUCCCGCCCGCGGCGCCCUUCUCAGGCGAGCGCUUCGAGGGCUUCCGCAAGGUCGCCGAGGCCGCGAAGAAGCACGGCAGCCUGGUGCACGCGCAGCUGAGCCACCCCGGCCGCCAGGUCUCGAGCAACAUCAACCCGCACCCCAUCUCCGCGAGCGACGUGCAGCUCGAGGGCGAGGUGAUGGGGAUGACCUUUGGCAAGCCGCGCGCGAUGGGCCCGGAGGACUUUGACAAGGUCAUUGGCGGGUUCGCGCACGCGGCCGAGUACUGCUACAAGGCGGGCUUCGACGGCGUGCAGCUGCACGGCGCGCACGGGUACCUGCUCGCGCAGUUCCUCUCGCCGACGACGAACAAGCGCACGGACAAGUACGGCGGGUCGCUCGCCAACCGCGCGCAGAUCAUUCUCGAGAUCGCGGCGGCCAUUCGUGAGCGCGUGACGGAUCCCAGCUUCAGCAUCGGGAUCAAGGUCAACUCGGUCGAGUUCCAGGAGGGCGGGUUCUCGACGGAGGACUGCAGCGAGCUGUGCGCGCUGCUGGAGGAGCACAAGUUUGAUUUUGUGGAGCUGUCGGGCGGGACGUACCAGUCGCUGGCGUUCGAGCACAAGCGCGAGUCGACGAAGAAGCGCGAGGCCUUCUUUUUGGAGUUUGCGGAGCAGAUUGUGGGCAAGCUGCGCAAGACAAGGGUGUAUGUGACUGGCGGGCUGCGGACGGUGGGCGCGAUGGUGAAGGCGCUGGAGACGGUGCACGGGGUGGGUCUGGCGCGGCCGGUGUGCAACGAGUUCGACCUGCCCAAGAAGAUCAUCGAGGGGAAGGCGGGCAGCUCGGUGCAGACGCUGCUUGGGGAGGAUGAUUUCGGGCUGACGAAUAUGUUGGCUGGCACGCAGAUCCGGCUGGUGGGCAAGGAUAAGGAGCCGCUGGAUGUCAGCCAGGAAAAGUACAAGGAGGUGUUUGAGAAGUCGCUGCAGAAGUGGGCGCAGGGCAUGGCGGAGAACAGUGAUGGCUCUAAGUACGGGUACAUUGACAUUGAGGGCACGACGCUGCAGCCCUUUGGCACGCCGUAUGCGGCUGCUGCGUGA